AUGCAAUCCUCGACGCCUUCCUCGUCGGCAUCGUCGAUCCGCGGGCGGGAAUUCGACGCUUCGUCGAGCUCCUCGUCGUCGUCGACCUCGCACCUCACAACGCCAGAGCCCUCGAGCCCUAUCCUCGAGCCAAAAGACCAUGCGGAGCUCGUCACGGUCGACCCAUUCGCGCCUCGGCCCGUGUACGACGAGACCGUGCUCCCCAAGAUACCCCAGACCGAGGCCGUACAGCCGCUCGCCGCAGACGCCAACACGCCAGACGGCUGGAUCCCACGAGACGAGCGCCUGAUCCGCCUGACGGGCAAGCAUCCCUUCAACACCGAGCCGCCACUGGCGACGCUGUUCAACAAGGGCUUCCUAACGCCGCAGAACCUCUUCUACGUCCGCAGCCACGGCGACACGCCGCGCGUCACGGCCCACCAGGCCGCCGAGUGGAAGCUGCGGGUCCACGGCCUCGUCGAGAACGAGUUCACAUUCAGCAUCCAGGAUCUCAAGGACAAGUUCGCCACCGUCACGCUGCCCAUCACGCUCGUCUGCGCCGGCAAUCGGCGCAAGGAGCAGAACAUGGUCGCCAAGGGUCUGGGCUUCAACUGGGGCGCGGCGGGCGUCUCGACAGGCCUCUUCACCGGCGUCUACCUUGCCGACGUGCUCGAGUACUGCCGGCCCAAGAACCCGCUCUACUCGUCGUUCCCAUCCUACGACACCCCCGUGCCCGGCCGAGCGCGCCACGUCGUCUUCGAGGGCGCCGAUCAGCUGCCCAAGGGCAAUUACGGCACCUCGCAACGCCUGCACUGGUGCACGGAUCGCUCCAAGGGCAUGCUGCUCGCCUGGGGCAUGAACGGCGAGGACCUCAGUCCGGACCACGGCUACCCGCUGCGCCUCGUCGUUCCCGGUCAGAUCGGAGGCAGGAUGGUCAAGUGGCUCAACCGCAUCGAGGUCUCGGACCGCGAGUCGCAGCACCACCUGCACUUCUUCGACAACAAGCUACUCCCCACCGAGGUCUCGGCCGACCAGGCGCGCAACGAGGACAAGUGGUGGUACGACCCCAAGUACAUCAUCAACGAGCUCAACGUCAACGCCGCCGUCUGCUCGCCGGAUCACGAGGAGGUGGUGCACUUGCGGGAGAGCGAUGACGAUGCCGAGCAGCAGGCGUCGCCGCCGCCGCCGCCGCAAAUGCUGCCGAUACAGGGCUACGCCUACACGGGCGGCGGGCGUCGCAUCACCCGCGUCGAAGUGUCGCUCGACGACGGCAAGUCGUGGAAGCUGGCCGAGGUCGACUACCCCGAGGACCUCUACCGCAUGUUUCCCGUCCAGGGCCACCCGUACUUUGGCACGCUCGACCUGAGCCAGACCGAGAUGAGCUUCUCGUGGUGCUUCUGGCGCCUCGACGUCGAGCUGCGCCGGCAGAUUAUCGACGACGACGUCCGCGUCAUCUCGGUGCGCGCCAUGGACGAGAGUCUGCAGACCAUGCCGCGCGACAUGUAUUGGAACGCCACCUCGAUGAUGAACUCGUGGUGGUUCCGCGUCGCCGUCCACCGCAGCGAGGACGGCAAGAGCGUCCGUUUCGAGCACCCCACCCUCGCCGGCAACGCACCUGGCGGGUGGAUGCAGCGGCUUAACGAGGCCGGCGCCAGUUCACGCUACCCUGUCUUCGGAGACGCCUCGACGUCGGCCGAAGCAGCAGGCAGCGUUGCGGGCGCCAAAGAAUCGACGGCGGCAGUGGCGGCCGACGGCAAGGCUGCGAAGCCGGCGCUCGACAUCGCCGCUCUCAUGACGGACCCUGCCAAGGCCAGCCGUACCGUCUCGGCCGCCGAGUUCGCCCAGCACUCAGAUCCAGAAGGUGCGGAGCCUUGGUUCGUCGUCAACGGCGAAGUGUACGAAGGUACGGGCUUCCUCAAGGACCAUCCCGGCGGCGACCAGAGCAUCCGCCUCGUAGCGGGCGACGAUGCCACCGAGGAUUUCAUGGCGAUUCACUCGAUCGACGCCAAGAAGAUGAUGCGCGACUUCCACCUCGGGCGUCUCGAGGCCUUGACAGCGGACGAGAGGACGGUCGACGGGCUGGCGAAAGAGGAAGAGGCCGAGGAGGAAUCUUCGAGGCCGUUCCUGGAGCCGAAGCGCUGGAAGAAGACGAGGUUGGUGAGCAAGACGAUCGUCUCGCCGGACUCGCGCAUCUUCCGCUUCGCGCUGGGCCACGAGGCGCAGAGGUGCGGCCUCCCCGUCGGCCAGCACGUCUUCCUCCGCGUCAAGCGCCGCAACCCGGCCACGGGCGAGAUCGAGACGAUCCAGCGUGCCUACACGCCGUACAGCGGCGACGAGCAGCUCGGCUUCCUCGACAUCCUGAUCAAGGUCUACUUCCCCCCGACGGUCCCGCCGCCCAGCAGCGACGGCGACGCGUUCGCGGGCGGCAAGAUGACCAUGGCGCUCGAGACGAUCCCGCUGGACGGCGGCGCGGGCGACGGCGAGGGCGACGGCGAGGACCCGGUGACGAUCGAGCUCAAGGGCCCAUUGGGUUCGUUCACGUACCUCGGCGACGCCCGCAUCCGGUGGAAGCCGAGCGAUCGCGUCCGCACGGUGCGCAGGCUGGCCAUGAUCGCGGGCGGUAGCGGCAUCACGCCCAUCUGGAGCACGCUCAAGGCCAUCGCCGACGAGUACCUGCUGGCCAAGACGGCGGGGAGCGCGGCGGCGCUGCGGCCGCUCGACAUCUCGCUCGUCUACGGCAACCGCACCGAGGUCGACAUCCUGGCGCGCACCGAGCUGCAGAAGCUCGACAUCUUGGACGGCCGCCUGACGAUCUCGCACUACCUCAGCAACGCCACCGACCAGUGGACCGGGCCGCGUGGCCGCGUCGACCUCGCCGCGCUCGAGGCCCACCUGCCGCCCGCGCCCCGGCGGACCGGCGAGGGCGAGGGCGAGGGCGAGGGCGAGGGCGACGAGCUCGAAGACACGCUCGCCCUCGUCUGCGGCCCGCCGCCGAUGGAAAAGGCGGUCAGGCAGUCGCUCGCCGCGCUCGGGUGGGACGUCGAGCGCACCGUCGUCUUCUUCUAG